AACCAAGGAAUGAAUGAAGGGAGCGAACUCUCAUUUUCACGUCGUCGCUUUUGUUGUGCAUGGCUCGCUGUGCCGCGCGCGAGGGUCGUUUCGUGAACGGAGACUCGCGCAGUUCUCGUGCUCACCCUCAUCGCACGCGGCGACAUUCUUCGACACAGUGAAGGUUUAACGCUGCGAACACCGGGCUACUUUACAGACGAGCACCCAGCGGGGGCAUCACCGGCACCCGGAGCCCGCAGACACAGGCACCCGGAGCGGCACCCCUUUUACACCGCACAAACACCGUACGCGCAUCAUGGAGAGCGUGAGCAACUUGUCGGACGCCCAUCACCGGGGCCAGCUCCCCGUGCUCCACGGCAACAGCAGCUUUUGUGGCAACUUCACCGACAACAACAACAACAACAACACGAGCUUCUCGGAGGCGCGGUGCGACGGCGAUCGCAGGAUGACCGGCAACCCGGAGGGCGACGCCAACCCGGUUAUCAUCGCGAUUGUCAUCACCGCGCUCUACUCCAUCGUGUGCGUGGUGGGGCUGGUUGGGAACGUGCUCGUCAUGUACAUCAUCGUCAGAUACACUAAAAUGAAGACCGCCACCAACAUCUACAUCUUCAACCUCGCCCUGGCCGACGCCUUGGUCACCACCACGCUACCAUUCCAGAGCGUCAACUACCUGAUGGGGACCUGGCAGUUUGGAGACAUUGUGUGCAAGAUGGUGAUAUCCAUUGACUACUACAACAUGUUCACGUCGAUCUUCACGCUCACCACCAUGAGCAUUGACCGCUACGUCGCCGUGUGCCACCCGGUCAAAGCGCUGGACUUCAGGACGCCGCGCAACGCCAAGAUUGUCAACGUCUGCAACUGGAUUCUCUCCUCGGCCAUCGGGUUGCCUGUAAUGUUCAUGGCCUCCACCGCAGUCACUCCCUCCGGUAUUGACUGCCAGCUAAUAUUCCCCCACCCCUCUUGGUACUGGGACACCCUGAUGAAGAUCUGCGUGUUUAUCUUUGCCUUCAUCGUGCCUGUCCUCAUCAUCACCGUCUGCUACGGCCUCAUGAUCCUCCGGCUGAAGAGUGUGCGCAUGCUGUCGGGCUCCCAGGAGAAGGACAGGAACCUGCGUCGAAUCACCCGCAUGGUCCUGGUGGUGGUUGCCGUCUUCAUCGUGUGCUGGACUCCUAUCCACAUCUUUGUCAUCAUCACGGCUCUGAUCAAUAUCCCCACCACCACGCUGCAGACUAUCACCUGGCACUUCUGCAUCACCCUCGGAUACGCCAACAGCAGUCUGAACCCAGUCCUUUACGGCUACCUGGAUGAGAACUUCAAGCGUUGUUUCCGGGAGUUCUGCACCCCGAGUCCCUCAGUGUUGGAGAUCCAGAACUCGUCUCGCACCGGACUCACGAGCCGCAAGCUCCCCCAGCGUGAACAAAACAGUGCCAACACCGGCGAUAGGUCCAAUCAACAGGUAUGACUAGCCUCGGAGGGGUUGUCGGUGGACUCUCGCUGUUGUGGCGGCGUUGCCAACGACGAUCUUAACUCAGAGGUCACGCAGGUCACCACAGGGCUCUGACCACACAGACACAAAUUGACACAUACGUACAAACAAUCCAGGACCUGACUGAGACUCAAUAGCACAGAGCAUUUAAACGAUGGUUUGAAAAGCUUAACCGCAGCGCUGCAUCAGUGUUACUGUUACUAACCGCAUGGCUCUGCAAGGCUUUUUACUCUGAAAUAGAUACGGAAAUGUGUCGAGACUCAAACCGACCCAGCAACCAACCGAGCGUCAUUACAAGACUCCUCCUGUAUGAAGAAACUGUUGCACUAAAUUGUGCAUUAAUGCGAUUACAACUUUUAGUUCUCAUUUUUAUUAUUACUAUAACAAUAAAGACUAAUAAACCAAGACAGAUGUAUAGACUGAUCUAUAUAAGACACUCAAACAAGACACUUUUAUGACGUUGUUUUCUUCUGAAUGUUCCAGAUAAAGCUGGCCACAUUGAGCCAAGCCUCCUCAUCCGUAAUUCUCUAGGUUGUAAAACAAUUGGAUCAACGCAUUGUCCUAUUUGCAGAGUUUAUAGGAUUUCCCUCCAAUAUGUCCCUUUUCCAACAGCAAUUUUCUAUUAGAAUUGUUCAGCUGUGUGAGAGGACAGUUGUCCGGAAAUGUGGAUUCUUGGGUGUUACUUGCUGGUAGAGAAUCUAAUUGGAUUUUGGAUUUGUGUUACCGAAUGCCCAAAGGCUCUGUGGCUCUCUCACCACACAUCACUGGACAGGAAGCGUUAUUCAAAGAUAUUUACAGCACCGACUGUGCUUCUAACCCCGACUUCUGUACGGCUCCCACCCGAUCAACACCGUUCUCCAUGCAUCGAGCUGCACAGCAGCGCGCUGGCGUGGGUCACUUCAAGAAGACCGACAUACAUGCGUCUGCACUCUCUCCUCUCAACCCAACCGAAACCGUUUGUCGUUAUCUUUCCCGUCCUUUUCAUCUCCUAAAAAAGUGUUUACUGGACUCAUUAUGGAGACAAACAGUAGAGCACUGCGUUUUUUCUCACCGCUGAAUUUGACAAAUGUCUGAAUGAAGCCAGCUGUCUUUGUCACGCUGGAUCUUUGUGCUGAACUGUGGAUCCACUCAACAACAACAACAAAAAAGCAAAGAUGAUGCAUCAGUCUGUUUGCACAGCGCACAGAGCAUGCUAUUGUGGUAUAUAGUGCAACAUAUGGCCCUACCAGUGUAUGAUUAACUACAGCUUAACAGCUGUUACACCAGGUAUGGCUUUUAAUGGCGUCCCUUCUCCUCUGUGAGCCAAGACGGAAAGUAAAUCUGUUGUAACCUUUAGAAUUGCUCGUGCUUACGUGUCGUUCUGUACACUAUACUUGCCAGUUGCCUUUACAGAAGCUUUACUCGAUAUUCUGUGUACCAGUAUUUUUUUGUACGAUGUGUAAAGAUGAACAUGAUUGUAUUAACCUCCCGUGUAAAAUAGUGUAAGUAUUCUGUUGUUUUUUUAUGAACAUGAAAUCGUGAUUUUCCUUGAAAAUGAUUUCAGCCAGUUAUUGUGCUUUCGAAAAUGUAACUUUUCUGCCUUGUUAAAGAUGUAUAUCAAUCAGAAGGCUGUGUGUAAGAGUUUAACUUUGACUGUUUCAUUUGUUUUGUUGUACAUACAAGCAUAUUUCUAUCUGUUUAGAUUUGCUAUCACUGCUUUGAGUAUUUUUUGAAAGAAUAUUCUGUCGACUGUUAUUAUUUUUCAGUUUUUCAAGUUCCCAGCUGCAACAACCGAAAACUGUUUAUGAACAUGUUUGCCAAAUUGUCUAAGAUUCAAACAUUACCGGACCAGCAGAUGAGUUUGGCUAGCGUGUGGCGUCGAGUGCCACAUGCUGCAUUGCAAGUCACCCUUUUUUAUGCGCUGUAAUGUAUUUCAGGGCCAAACGAAGAUAAAUUAAAUAAGCAUUAUUCUGUGUGCUUUAAAACGCCGCUCGCUAGAAAACUUGGCUGUGAUGAAUAAGUAAACGCUGUUACUGACGCCUGAGCAACAGAACCCCUGAUGCUACGUGCUCUAGUUUUCAUCUUAGUGGAGGCGAGGUUAUGUUCCCGGGCUCCAUCCAGCACUAACACAAUGUUGAAGAACAGCAGUCAGUCUUUUCACAUGUUUGAAGCAAUUAUUUUUCUAACAUGUGUUUAGAGACAUAUCGCCGAUCUCACUUUAACUCCUUUAACACAAGUCAAAGCACACAGUUUGAAAACAUAAAAAGUCUGUAUGGCUCAGCUGCUAAACUGGGUUUUUUGGAGAGAAAAAAAUAAUGUUAAACAUUAAAAAGCCAGCAGGGGAGUUAAUGGUCGCUUACUUAUAUAGCUAACUACAGCUGAUAACCUUUAAAAUAUGUGGAGCCUGCUUUUAUCAACAAACUAAAAAUUGAAUUGAGCACAAGCUUGACAGGCUUAGCAACAGUAAUUUUUUUUAUUAUUAAUACAUUAAAUUUAUUCCAAAUGAGAUGAAGAAAAUGAACAAACGUUUUCUGGAACAAGAAUUGGCAUUAAAACACAUUUUGCAGCAGGCCACACGUACAGAAUACACUUUUGGAGAUACAUUUAAAUCAAAUGUAUUUAAUGAUAUGAUAUUCCUUUUUUUUCAUGUGCUUGCUUACAUGACUUGUGGCAUAAUCAUGACUUGUAAAUGGCAUUUCUCAAUUUCUACUUUAUGCGCAAUACUCUGUAUCUCUGUAUCACAAUGCAUAUACAAAAAAAAUACUAUUAUUAAUUGUCUAUGAAAUAAAAUGUACUUCUAAAUCUCACUGAAUGCUUUUUUUCUUGCUUCUUAAUAAAGAUUCACCUGCAU